CACCUCCGCCUCUCUCCACAGUCCACUCUCCGCUCCCCUCCUUCUUCCCCCACUCCCCAACGGUCAUAUUCCAUCUCAUUUCCUUCCUACUACUACUAUUCCCCGCACGGCCGCAUCCCUUCUCUCCCAGGUCCCCAUAUCGCUCUCUCUCUCUCUCAGACACACACCCCACAGCACCGGGAGAUUGUUUUCCGAGAUUCGAGUAAUCUUUCCUUUUUCGCCGGCGUAGAAGCUUCCAGGAUCCAAACUAAGCCGCCUAGGAGUCGCCAUGGUGGAGGAGGGGGCGAAGCGGCGGGUGGUGGUGGAGGUCUGCAACGCGCGGAACCUCAUGCCCAAGGACGGGCAAGGGACGGCGUGCGCCUACGCCGUCGUCGACUUCGACGGCCAGCGCCGCCGCACCGCCACCCGGCCGCGGGAUCUCAAUCCGCAGUGGGGGGAGCGCCUCGAGUUCCUCGUGCACCACCCCGACGCCAUGACCGGGGAGACGCUCGAGCUCAACGUCUACAACGACAAGAAGGCCAUCGCCGGCGGGGGAAGCGGCGGCGGUGGGAGCGGCCGCCGCGGUGGCACGUUCCUCGGGAAGGUCAAGGUGGCCGGCGCGUCAUUCGCCAAGGAAGGGGACGAGACGCUCGUCUACUACCCGCUCGAGAAGCGGAGCGUCUUCUCGCAGAUCAAGGGGGAGAUCGGGCUCAAGAUUUGGUUCGUCGACGAGCCGCCCCCGCCGCCGCCUGCCCCUGCAGCUGAAGAGAAGGCCGAUGCGUCGGCUGAGAAAAAAGACGCGACCGAGGAGAAGGGCAAGGAAUCAGCCGCUGCCCCUGCGGCUGAGGAGAAGAAGCCUGAGGAAGCCGCUGCCGAAGCAAAGAAAGCAGAGGAGGCCAAACCAGAGGAGAAGAAACCGGAGGCGGGCAAGAAGGACGGCAAGAAAAACUCGCCGGAGAAGGGGAAGAAGGACGGCGAGAAACCCAAGGAGGAAGCUAAAUCCAAAGAGGAGAAGAAGGAGGCAGCGCCUCCUUCCCCGUCGAAGGCCCCGCCGCCCUCGCCGUCGAAGAUGCAGCUGUCCAACGCCGGAAUCGCCGGCGACCUCGAGAUCCGUCCGCAGAGCGCUGCCGAGCGGAGCAUGACCGCCUCCGGCGGCAGCGCGUCGUACGACCUGGUGGAUCGCGUGCCUUACCUGUUCGUCCGGCUUCUGAAGGCAAAGCAUCAAGACGACGGCAACAAGCAGCCGCUGUACGCCCAGCUGUCCAUUGGCGCUCACACCGUGCGGACUCGAUCCGCCGCGGCCGCCGGCGAGUGGGACCAGGUGUUCGCCUUCCACAAGGCGAGCCUCACCGCCUCCUCGCUGGAGGUGACCGUCCAUGAGGAGGCCAAGAAGCCGGAGAAGGAGGGGGAGCCCGUUCCGGCUGACCCCAACCUGGGCUUCGUCUCCUUCGACCUCCAAGAAGUCCCCAAACGAUCGCCGCCCGACAGCGCGCUCGCUCCCCAGUGGUAUACCCUGGAGGGCCACGCCGAUGACGGCACCUCGGCCUGCGACGUGAUGCUCGCCGUGUGGGUCGGCACGCAGGUCGACGAGGCAUUCCAGGAAGCAUGGCAAUCUGACUCCGGUGGCAACCUGGUCCACACCCGCUCCAAGGCAUACCUGUCCCCCAAGCUCUGGUACCUCCGCCUCAGCGUCAUCCAAGCGCAGGAUUUGCGGCUGCCGUCCCCGCCGGACGCCAAGGCGAAGCAGUACGCGCCCAGCUUCCCGGAGCUGUACGUGAAAGCGCAGCUGGGCGCCCAGGUGUUCAAGACCGGGCGCAUCGCGCUGGGCAGCGCGGCGGCCGGCGCGUCCAACCCGAGCUGGAACGAGGACCUGCUGUUCGUCGCCGCGGAGCCGUUCGACCCUUUCCUGACCGUGGCCGUGGAGGACAUCUUCUCCGGGCAGCCGGUCGGCCAGGCGCGCGUGCCGCUGUCCACCGUGCACCGGCGUUCCGACGACCGGGCCGAGCCGCCGUCGCGGUGGCUCAACCUCUGCGGCGACGAGGCCCGGCCGUACGCCGGGCGGGUGCACGUGCGCGUGUGCCUGGAGGGCGGGUACCACGUGCUGGACGAGGCGGCGAACGUGGCGAGCGACGUGCGCGCGGCGUCGAAGCAGCUGUCGAAGCCGCCGGUGGGCAUGCUGGAGGUGGGCGUCCGCGGCGCGGCGAACCUGGUGCCGAUGAAGAUCGCCAAGGACGGGGCGAGCGGGUCGACGGACGCGUACGUGGUGCUCAAGUACGGGCCCAAGUGGGCGCGCACGCGCACCAUCCUGGACCAGUUCAACCCGCGGUGGAACGAGCAGUACGCGUGGGACGUGUUCGACCCCUGCACCGUGCUCUCCAUCGCCGUCUUCGACAACGCCCGCUACUUGAACGGGAAGCUGCCGCCCAAGGACGCCCGCAUCGGGAAGCUCCGCAUCCGCCUCUCCACGCUGGAUACCAACCGGGUGUACGUCAUCAACUACGCGCUCACGGCCGUGCACCCGGUCGGCGUGCGCAAGAUGGGGGAGCUGGAGCUGGCCAUCCGCUUCACCUGCCCGUCCUGGCUCACGCUGAUGCAGGCCUACGGGAGCCCGCUGCUGCCGCGCAUGCACUACGUCAAGCCGCUCGGCCCGGCGCAGCAGGACGUGCUGCGGCACACGGCCAUGCGCAUCGUGUCGGGCCGGCUGGCGCGGUCGGAGCCGCCGCUGGGGCCCGAGGUCGUCCAGUACCUUCUGGACACGGACACCCACACGUGGAGCAUGCGCCGGAGCAAGGCCAACUGGUUCCGCGUGGUGGGCUGCCUGUCGCACGUGGCCACGGCGGUGAAGUGGGGCCACCGGGUGCGCACCUGGGAGCACUCGCCGACCACCGUGCUGGUGCACAUGCUGCUGGUCGCCGUCGUGCUCUGCCCGGAGAUGAUCCUGCCCACCGUCUGCCUCUACCUCUUCCUGGUCCUGCUCUGGCGCUACCGCUCGCGCCCGCGGGAGCCGACGGGCAUGGACCCGAGGCUGUCCCACGUCGACAGCGUCAGCCCCGACGAGCUCGACGAGGAGUUCGACGGGCUCCCCUCGGGCCGCCCCGCCGACGUCGUCCGGAUGCGCUACGACCGGCUGCGCGCCGUGGCCGGGCGCGCGCAGACGCUGCUCGGCGACGUGGCGGCGCAGGGGGAGCGCGUCGAGGCGCUGCUGUCCUGGCGCGACCCGCGCGCCACGGGGGUGUUCGCCGUGGUUUGCCUGCUCACCGCGCUCGUGCUCUACGCCGUGCCGUUCAAGGUGCUGCUGCUCGGGAUGGGCUUCUACUACCUCCGUCACCCCAGGUUCCGCGGCGACAUGCCGUCCGCCGGGUUCAACUUCUUCCGCCGCCUGCCCUCGCUCUCGGACCGGGUUCUUUAGAAAGAACCGGACCGGAUCGGUCAAUCAACUCACCCAACGGUUUUUGCUUUCUUCAUUGCUAGUGAUAAUGUGUUGGUUGGUGUGUGAUCUGCUUCGUCAGAUCGUUUGAUUAUUUGUUUGCACACAGAGAGCCUCAUUUUCAUGAGGCUCAGUGAUGCUAAUCUCAAUAAUAAAGAUGGCUACUGUAUUCUUUGGUUUACAA